AUGGCCAUCGGUGCGCGGAGGGCUUUCGCCUCCUCCGCCCGCCGCCUCGUCUCCGCUCGUCUCGCAUACCCGUUCGCCCCGCGCUUAUUAACUUCCACAUCACCUCUCGACGCUGCGCCGAAUCGCCAUCCGCUUCCCUCCGCUGUCCAAACGUACGCGGAUGGCGCUGUUCCCUCUUCGGGGUGCCGGUACCGGGCAGUGCGCGAGGAGGAGAAGGCGGAGCUGGUGGGGGAAGUGUUCUCGUCGGUGGCGGACAAGUAUGACGUCAUGAAUGACGUCAUGAGCGGGGGCCUGCACCGUUUGUGGAAGGACAGACUGGUGCGAGCGCUGCACCCCUUCCCCCACAUGCACCACCUCGAUGUGGCAGGCGGCACAGGUGACAUUGCGUUCCAAGUGCUGAGGGCCAUUCGUGAGGCGGAGGCGGAUCCGCUGCGCAUGGCGGCUGCUGCAGGCACAGGGAGGAGUAGCGGGGAGGGGUCGCACGAGGCAGGGAGGGGGGCGCGGGUGAUAGUGUGUGACAUCAAUGCGGACAUGCUGCGCGUGGGGCAGCUCAGGGCGCAGCAGCAAGGUGUGGCAGCACAGAGGCCAAGGGCGAGGAGUCCACCAGCCAUUGCAUGUGCCUCAGCACAGGUCACCCCCUUCUUAUUUUCAUGUGCUCGCGUUCCCCCCUGCCACCACCUUUCCACACCUUAUAUCUUGUGCCUGUGGACCUCCCCUACCCUCUCCACACCACCACAACCCCCUCCCGUCCUCCCAGGCUUGGCAUCAGAUGCGGCGCUGGAGUGGGUGCAGGGCGAUGCGGAGGACAUGAGUGCGGUGCUGGCGGAUGGCAGUGUGGACGCCUACUCCAUUGCCUUUGGCAUCCGCAACGUCACGCGCAUCCACCGUGCCCUCACAGAGGCCCACAGGGUGCUGCGCAAGGGAGGCCAGUUUGCAUGCCUGGAGCUCAGCCAUGUGGAGGACCCUCUCUUCAGGGCACUCUACGACACGUAUUCUUUCAAUGUCAUUCCAGCCAUUGGCCAGGCAGUCACUGGGGACAGGGCAUCAUAUCAGUAUCUUGUGGAGAGCAUUCGCAAGUUCCCAACCCAGAGGAAAUUCGCUCACAUGAUGGAGCAAGCAGGAUUCAGAAAUGUGUCAUACGAGAACAUGACAGGCGGUGUUGUGGCACUCUUUACAGGCUUCAAGUUGUAG